AUGGCGCCAGUUAUCCAGCUCAAGCAAGGCCUGGCGAAGCAGCCAUGGCAUUUUAGAAAGCCGAUCGAAUACCCGCAGCUGACUGGUUCCGAUCAUUGGAGGCGCAAGAUGCGCACCGUAUUUAGAGUCUUCGACCUAAACGGUGAUGGUUGCAUCACACAAGAAGAUAAGGAGGAGAUGAACAGACGUACCGCAGAGUAUAUGAAUCUUGAUGAUGACAAGACUAAAACUGUUGUGAACCAGCGCCGUACCUACUGGGGAGAUGAAGCCCCUGACAAAGUAUUUGAGAAUGAGUUCGUAGAGAGUCAUCUAGUCAAGAUGAAUGAAAUCAAGUUCCGAGAAUUUUGGUUUGAUAUCCUUACUUCGAGAUUUCAAAUGAUGGAUCUUAAUGGAGAUGGACUCAUUUCUACAGAUGAACAUGCUGCUAUGUUCUACAGCUACAAGAUCCCUACUGAGCAUUCGAAGAAAGUGUUUGACAUUCUUGAUAGUAACAAUGAUGGUUUCAUCUCCAUGGAAGAGUUUUCCCACGCGUACACUGAAUUCUGGUAUACCGAAAAUCCUGACAACAUAUUCAAUGAAUGCUACGGUCCACUCAUUGACAAUGAAACUUGA